AUGUCGGGCGAGCUGCGGCAUCGCCCACCGGCGCCUCCGUAUGAAGAAACGACACCAAGAGGGGCACUUGAGCAUCACCAUCACCAUGAUAAGCACCACCUAGUCAGCCCGCACUCUUCUGAAGGCUCCGUCAGCGAUGUCCCGACGAAAUGGGAAGAAUUCUGUGACAAGACGACAGCGCACGGCUUCAAGCGAUACCUGCAGGCCCACAACCGGGUGUCGGGAUUCUUGUGGAUGUGCAUCAUCAUCGCCUUCGCCGUCGUUUUCAUAAUUUUGGCGGCGUAUCUGGGGGCAAAGUAUCGAAGACGGGAGAAGAUCACCUCGAUUUCGGGAAUGACGGACGGUGUGGCGAUGCUCACGAGGGCGAAAGAAAACCUGAUGUUCACGAUGGCGGCGCUGUCGGUGGAGCAGAGAGUAGCAUUGAGCUACGAUCUGCCGGAAUUCGUGGAAAUGUGCUCGUUCAACGGGGAGCAGUGCAAUAUUGAUACCGAUUUCCGCCGCCACGUCGACCCGGAGUUCGGCAACUGCUACACUUUCAACCACGACGUCAACAGCAAUUUCACGAGUAGCCGUGCGGGGCCGAUGUAUGGCAUCCGAGUACUUCUCUUCGUGAACACCUCCGACUACAUGUCAACCUCCGAGUCUUCCGGAGUCAGAUUGUCGAUCCAUUCGCCCAGCGAGUACCCGUUUCCGGAUACUUUUGGCUACAGCGCACCCGUGGGAUUUGCCAGCAGUUUUGGUAUCAAAAAGAAACGCGUGGAGCGCAUGUCGGAGCCGUACGGCGACUGCGAGACGGACAGAAAUAUGACUGGCAGAAAUGAAUACAUCUAUCAGGGAUACGACUAUCAUCCAGAGGGUUGCUACCGAUCGUGCUUCCAAAAUGCCUUGCUUCGCGAGUGUGGCUGUGGAGAUCCACGAUUUCCGGUCCCGAUUGGGAAGCGUCAUUGUUCGGCGUUUAGCAGUCAAGAAAGAAACUGCCUGGCAAGUCGCGUGGGUGAUGCCAGCAAUUUCCACCACGCAACGCAGGACAUGGAGAAUUGCUACUGCAAACAGAGCUGCAAACAGGACCUGUUCGAGGUGACGUUUUCGGCGAGUAAAUGGCCGUCAGGUGCCACUGACCUUGGCGACUGUGAGGGGAUGAGCACGGCAGAAUGUGAGGAUUAUUAUCGACUGAAUGCGGCCAUGAUCGAAAUCUUCUACGAGCAGCUCAACUACGAAUUCCUGCAGGAGACCGAGGCGUACGGCAUGGUCAACCUCAUCGCCGAUUUUGGAGGUCAUCUCGGACUCUGGAUGGGCUUCUCCGUGAUCACCGUCAUCGAAUUCAUCGUGCUGGUGGGCGAGCUGGGCAUGACGUGCUUCAGGAAGAAGGAGAUCGAGCCGGGAAAUGAGGACCGGCUUCACCCCAUCGAGCAGGGCAAAAUCUACCCGAAUGAGACGGAGAAGGAGCCGCUGUCUGCAAAA